UAGAGAAAUGCGCCAAAACCAACGAUCACCCCCCCUGGCCUAUCUGCACGUCUGCGUUUGCCCCUGCAACCAACUGGGAAGUCUCCGCCGCCAGCCACCAUGCGCAGUGAGUACGGGACGCUGAAAGCCUGACUUGAGCCGUCUUCUGUUUUGAUUCCAGGCGUGAUACGGAUUUUGUUUGUAGAAAAACUCGGAGCUCGCUUGCAAACACGACCGCACUUGGAAACUCAAACUCAAUCUCGUAGUGUGUGAGUGUGUGUCUCUCUCUGUGUGUACCUCCCACCAACAACACCACCUCCACCACCACUACCACCACCCCUCUAGCCACAUAUGUAUGUGUCCCGCAUCCGCCCCACGCCAAACCCUCGAUCGGUGUACGUUUAUGUGCGUGUGUGUGUGUGUAGCACCCAAGUAUUUACCACCUAGAGAAAUAGAGCACGCACCCCACAAACACCAACAAAUCCACCAAUCAGCACCACCUUCAUAAACCACCGUUAAGAAGCAGCAGCAAACAACCAGAAGAAAAGCAAGAGCAAGAGAAACCACCAGCACCAGCACCACCACAGAUUGUGGCAGCCUGAAGGCAGGUCAGUGUCGUCGUAUCGGGGGCACGACAGUAGAACCAAACCUGACCCGACCCGACCCGCAACCAAAUCAAACCGAACCGCUCCAAACCGAAUAGAACCAUCCACAACCAGUCCUGGUCUUCCUUCCGAUCUGCUCCUCCGAUAUCUGAUCCUCUGAUACCACCAAACCACAUACCAGCACCACAAUUGCACAUUACUACCAUAGAUACCCCAGGCAGUACUACUACCGCAUGGAGCGCGGCGGCACUAGCGGUGGUCGGCAGCAUCAGCAGUCGUCGCAACACCAGCAACAGCAGCAGCAGCAGCAAUCGCACCACCAAUCGCACCACCAGCGCCACCAGCAUGUGGUGGCCGUGCACAGCUAUGACCCCUAUCUGACGGCGGGAGGGGCGGACGAGGAGCAUACCUCGGGCACCACGUCUUUUGACAAUCCCGCCACCAAAAAGAAACCACCCAAGCUAAAGCCAAUCCAUCGAUCCCUCUCCAUGGCCAUCGACAACUACGCCCCCGCCACGUCCUCCGUCUCGAUGGGAGAUCUCGGUUUGGACAUGGAUCUCGAUCUUAAGCUCGACAUGGAGCAUGGCAUCCUCAUCAGUGAGCAGCCGCUGAUCCAUCGCUCCGCCUCGCCGCUACCCCUUUCCAGGUCGGCAGUCGCCCUCCAUCCUCCGCAGACCCUUGCCCUCCCAGCACAACAGCAACAUCUACCCCAUCCAGCCCCCGGUAUCCAGCGCGCUGGCAGUGGUGCCCUUUCCCCAGCUCUCUCUGCCCGCCAACAACACCACCACCACCUCCUCCAACAACAACAACAGCUACACCAUCAGUAACAACAACAACAAAAACUACACCACCAGCAACAACAACAACAGAUGCAUCUGCACACUUUUCAGCAUUUGGCCGCACAGGCCGCAGUCGCAUCGCAAUCGCACCACCAGCAAUCGCACCGCCAACACCCCCAUUCGCAUCCGCUUCCGUCGAGCUCACCCACCUCCCACGCGGUGAGCCCGGUGCUCGGCCAGGGCCAGCACCAGCACCAGCACCAGCAGCAUCACCGCCAGCAGCCGGACAUUUAUCUGGUCAGCAGCAGCAGCCUGGGCGAUGGAGUGGGUAUGGGUAUGGGUAUGGGUAUGGGUAUGGGUAUGGGUAUGGGCCGCUCGCCGUUGGGAGGGAGCACAUCCCCCAUACAGUUCAUCGAUGUGGACGAUGUGCCCAACCCGACGGUCGUCGCCGCCCAACGCCCGACGAUGCACACGCACCCGCUAAAGAAGAACAUGUUCCGGCGCUCCGACACUAUUGACGUGCAUCCGUCUACCAAUUUUCAGAUGAAGAAAACGCAUUCCUUCCACGCCCAGCAGGAUCCCGCCGCCCUGGACCAGAUACAGUUGGCCGUGGCCUCCGGAUCGGCCGCACCCAGUCGACGUACCAGCUCGGUGCGCGGCAACUUCCUGAUGCCCGGUCCGCCAGGAGGUGCCAGCGGUGGCAAGGAAAUCUCGCGUUCCCCGUCGCCCAGUAGGCGGGGCUGCCGCUCGCAUCGCUCUUUUAACGAUCCGGGCCGCAGACCCAGCACGAAACCCGAGUCCGUGGUGGAGUCCCAGAUCCGACAUCCCUCGCUGAACGACGAUCUCAUGGAGCCCAUGGACGGACGCAAUCUCUUCCCCCCCACGAACCUAUCGCUGGAGAACGAGCUCUUCGUGGAGUCGCGCUCGCGCAGCAACAGUCACACCAAAAUGGAGGAGCUGGGUCUCGCCCAGCUGACUGCCGCCGCCGUGGCCGUGCAGAGGCUGCGCAAGGCCUCUGGCUCCUUCGAGGGUGCUGUCGACGGCGGCCUGAGCAGCCACACCGCCACCCAUCCGCCCGCCACCUCGAGCAGCGUCAAGCAGAAACGUGAGCCGCACCCCCACUCCCGCCAGCAGAGCACCCACAGCCUUGAGCUGGACGGCAGACCCUCGACAUCCGCAGCGGCGGCGGCGGCCGCAGCGGCAGCAGCAGCGGGCGGAGGCCAUCCGCUGCAGCUCCACAGCGCUGCGGCCGCGGCCAGUACGGCGUACCACUUCAAGAGGGGGGCACAGCACGGACGCUCGCUCUACCUCUCGCCCAGCAACCUGGAGGAGCUGACCGUGCACCGGCCGGGUGUCCUGGCGGCAGCGGCCGCCUUCCAGGGCACCAACGCCAGCGCGAGCGUGAAGCAGGCCAAGGCUCUGCACAGCGCCAGCAUGCGGCUGAGAAGCUAUCGUGAGACGUUGAGCGCGUUGAAGAAGUCGAAGAGCUUCAUCGGGGACGCGGGAGUAAUGCAGGGAGCCCAGGCGGACGACGACUUUGAGCUGAGCUCACCCCACCGACGGAACAGUCGUCCGCUGUCGACGGCAGUUCCCAGUUCGAGCGUGAACCUGGACGAAAUCAAGUGCAGUCCCCGUCCCAUCUCCAUCUCUGCUGCCGCCUUCAUCGACGAGAAGCGACCGAGCUUCGAGCGGAAGUCCUCGCUGAGCUUCGACCAACACGAGCUGGCGGACGCAGCCUUCGCCGCCGAGGUGCUGCGACCCUUUCACCACAAGCUGGCAGCCGGGCGGAAAGGCUCCGUGGGCGGGGGCUCGCACAAGCUGAAGAAGAAGUCGCUGAGCGACGAGACCGACGAGGACGAGGAGGCAGAUCGCAAGCGCAAGCGCAUCGUCUGCAUCGUCCUGGCCACCGUGCUCCUGUGCCUUGUAAGCGCCGGCGUGUUCAUCGUCGUCGUCACGCUCACCUCCGGCUCGGGCCAGUCCGGAAAGAAGGCGCACUCCUUCAGCAGAGACACCCCGGUCCACUACACCGGCAUGCGGCCCUCAUGAACUCCAACGCCCACGAGGAUGCUGUCGAGAGUAAACGUCGUCGUCGCCCCCCCAAACAGUUGUUGUCCCCACCCUCUGAUGAGAUUAGACUCGGUUUCGUUUGCAAUUUGGCUUUCGCUUCCGCUUCGAUUCCGUGCCCCGUACCCCGGGUCAGGCUCCAGCACCGGUUAUGGCCCUGGCUCGGACACUGAUUCCCUUCAGCCGGAUUGCCUAAUUGACGUUGGGCCACUGCCCACAGUAGGAGGAGGAGGAGCAGCAGCAGCAAGAGCAGAACAUUCAGCUGCAACAAUCGAUUUGCCUGUAAGUAGGCAAUGCCUUUUGUGUAAGGAUCUCUA